ACGCGGAAACGCCCGGCUUCCCGGCCGGGCCGGGGCCCCCUGGUCUCCCCCUGGCUGGGUCCUCCUUGGGCGGGGCAGGGCCGGCCGGGGAGGGGGCGCGGGGCCUUUGUUAGGGAGCCAGGCCCCAGCCCCCGGGACAAUAGAGGCACCCUCCUGGACUCUUCUCCCCACCGGCCGGGGCUCUGGGCAGGCGGCGACCGAGAGGGGCCGGGACCCGACCCACUCUGCCUACUCUCUGGGGGGUCGGUCUGUCCCGGCUCGCUGCCGGCCUCGGGUGGCUCGGUUCUCCUCCCCCCAGUCGGUAUGAUGCAGCAGCAGUGCCGCAGGGACGGGAGAGGAGCCGGGGCACGGCCUGCUACCCUUCCCAGUGCCCCUGGCUCAUUUGUCAGUCCCCACCCCAGUCGAGGCCGGCAGCUCCUUAAACUCGUACCCACCGUUCAGUGGGGCCCCGGACUGUGGGCGCUGUUACUGAAUCCUAUCGUGGGGAUUUCUGGACUUUGGGGCUCUUGGAGAGACUUCCGGGCUGGUCCUGAGGGAGGGAGGGUGCGAUCUAAAAGAACAGCCGUGUUGCCGCCCGCUGUGCUAUGAGCAGUCAGAGCGCCGUCUCCACAAGAGUUUACAAAUGAAAAUGGAGGAAAUGUCUUUGUCUGGCCUGGAUAACAGCAAACUAGAGGCCAUCGCUCAGGAGAUAUACGCGGACCUGGUCGAAGAUUCUUGUUUGGGAUUCUGCUUUGAGGUACACCGGGCUGUCAAGUGUGGCUACUUCUUCCUGGACGAUACGGACCCUGAUAGCAUGAAGGAUUUUGAGAUCGUGGACCAGCCUGGGUUGGACAUCUUUGGACAGGUUUUCAACCAGUGGAAGAGCAAGGAGUGCGUUUGCCCCAAUUGCAGCCGCAGCAUUGCCGCUUCCCGCUUUGCUCCCCAUCUGGAAAAGUGCCUGGGAAUGGGUCGGAACAGCAGCCGAAUCGCCAACCGCCGGAUUGCUAAUAGCAACAAUAUGAACAAGUCUGAGAGUGACCAAGAGGACAAUGAUGACAUCAAUGACAACGACUGGUCUUAUGGCUCAGAGAAGAAAGCCAAGAAGAGGAAAUCAGACAAGCUAUGGUAUCUCCCAUUCCAGAACCCCAAUUCCCCUCGAAGAUCCAAGUCUUUAAAACACAAAAAUGGGUUCUCUGUCUGUACCUCUGCAUCAAACACCCUUCCCCUUCUUUUUUCUUCUUCAGGGGAACUUAGCAACUCGGAUCCUUUUAAGUAUAGCAACUCAACUGGGAUCAGCUAUGAAACUCUGGGGCCAGAGGAGCUGCGGAGCCUGCUCACCACGCAAUGUGGGGUGAUUUCUGAACACACCAAGAAGAUGUGCACAAGGUCAUUGCGUUGCCCCCAGCACACAGAUGAACAGAGGCGAACUGUGCGGAUUUAUUUCCUUGGACCCUCAGCUGUCCUUCCUGAAGUCGAGAGCUCUCUGGAUAAUGACAGCUUUGACAUGACUGACAGUCAGGCCCUCAUCAGCCGACUUCAGUGGGAUGGCUCUUCUGAUCUCUCUCCUUCUGAUUCAGGCUCCUCCAAGACCAGUGAAAAUCAGGGAUGGGGUCUAGGUACCAACAGCUCUGAGUCACGGAAAACCAAGAAAAAGAAAUCCCAUCUGAGCCUGGUAGGGACUGCCUCUGGCUUGGGCUCCAACAAGAAGAAGAAGCCAAAGCCACCGGCUCCCCCAACGCCCAGCAUCUAUGAUGACAUCAACUGACUUGGGUGCAAGGGAUAGCCUUUGGCUGAGCAGAGCCCUCUCUCCCAACCCCCACCCAGGCAGCAUAGCCUGGCACAUGGACGGCUGCUGGGGGUUUGGGCUUGGGAAGCUUGGUGGGCCAGGCAGGCAGAGGAUCCAGUUAUGUGCCCCUGGGGGGUGUCAGGGUCCUCUGCAAUGGAGCAUGACUCCUCGGCGUGGCGUGCAGGACUCAGACCUGGACAUAUUAUUAUGCCUUGGACAUAAGUUUGGUGGGGAGGUGGUUUUCCUAUUUAUUCUGUGAGUUGCUGGAUGUCCAGCUAGGCCGGGGGCCUGACCUGGGCACUGUGCCAGGGCACUGCCUGCCCCCCCACCCCAGGAACUGGACUAAGCCCUGCCGAAGGGCAUUGUGGCUACCCAGGCGGCUUUGGGUUGAAAGCUGAACCCAGAGUGGGGUCUCCCCUGGCUGCCCUCAGCAAUGUGAAUGGGUCCGGUGCUUGGAGCUGAGGGGCAGGGCUGGCAUGUCCUGUCUGUGUGCAGAGUCCUAUCAGAUACCCCUAGUCCCUGGGGUCAGCAGGCACAGAGUGUUGUCUGCUGAGGUGGGCGUCCAGAACUGCUGCCGCCUUCCCUGCCCCUUACAGGGGCAGCCCUUUCCCCUCAGUCCCCAUGGGCCUCCUUGGCAGCAGGAGCUGUCCUUUGUUGUUGGGUGCCAGGAAAGGGCCUCCAGCCUCUACAGCUUCAAGGAAUGGGAAGGGAAGGGUAGGAAGAGGGAGCCGGGUAUCAAAGUGGCUCUCCCCUGCCAUCCCUCCCUGACCCAGGGCUGGUGAGGAGUGGGGCCCCAAGGUGAGAGGGAACGGUGCUGCUUUAUUUGAAAUGUUUUCUUACCUCAUUCCCUGCCCCAGGAAGGGGCCCAGCCUCACCCUCCUGGGGUGGCCCCAUGUUCUCCUACCCACCCUGUCCCACUACCCUUCCCUGCUGGGCAGCCUGAGUUCCCAGCUGCUGCUUGCCACCCCUUCACCUUGACCAGCUUCAGUUCCUCUCAGUGCUCCCACCUCCAAAGCCUGCCCUGUUUCCCCUUCCCUUGCCGCUUUUAAGUUAUUUAUUCUGUAUUUGUGGUUUGGGGCUCUGAGGAAAAACCCUAAUCUUGUGCCUCUCCCCCUUUGCAAGGAAUAGGGUGGGAUGAGAAGGUGACCUCUAAGCCCUGGGUGGUUGGUGGAGGUUCUAGGGGCACCACUGCCCCUCUGUGGGACUGUCAUGCUAGUGUGCCCACCUGCCUGGCCUAUAUCCUGAAGAGAUGUGCUGUCCCACCUCCAUGCAGGCACCACCACCCCUGGAGCCAAGCUGGAGGGCCUCGAUAUGGGUUGGGAGGGCAGCUGACUGACACAGGGAUUGGGUUGACCCCAAGCUGAGUUCUGGCACUUGAUAUGUCUGUGCUCUCCUAGGGGGAGCCACUCCCAUAUUGGGUAGCUAGUACCCAGGACUGGUUGGACUGAUUUGGGUUAGGGACCCUAAAGGGUUAAGGGAACAACAAAGAUAGGGUUGCAGUACCUGGUCUGGAACCCCAGUCACCCCCUGGGGUGGUUCUGAUUGUGGCUGAUGCCUGGUUACAAAUUGGUUUUUAACCUAAGCAUUGUGAUUAUUUUUUAAAAAAUCAAUCCAAUUCUGACAGGAGUUAGAAUAAUCCUAAGGCCUGGGUUCCUCCGUUCUUGGCCUUCCACAGCGUUCUCCCUUGAGGGGGAAGCUACAGGGAGAGGAGGAUCCCAGUGAACCUCCAGCUGCCUCCAUAUACAGGCUUGGGAACUGGCUGAAGGUGAGGGGAGAUAGGCCAGAGCUGCUCUCCCUUCUGAGAAGUUGCAGCUCAGGCCAGUUCUCUCUUUCCCUUCUGUCUCCUUUCCCUCUGAUUGGAGGGAGUAGUUUGGGAACUGGUUUGUCCACAGAAACUUACCCAUUGUUCCUUGGCUCACCCUCAGGGCAGAGCCCCCUGCCCAGGCUGGGUAAGAUGGGCUUGGUUCAGCAGGGACCCUGAGGGAACAAACUCCUUCCUUCUGGGGAGUGUGCCCCCCUACCGUGUAGUUGAACAGGGGCUAGGAACUCCCCAGUCCCUCCCUCUAACAGCAGGCUGUGUGGGUUUCAAUUCCCAUCCUCCCCACCCUGGCUAGGUGUUGUCCACCCUGUAUCCUAUCAUGUGUCUGAGUGUGCGUGUGGGGGGGGUUCUGUACUAAUUUCCAUGGCCGGUGGCUUUUCCUUCCAUGCAUCACUCCCCCCCGCAUGCCCAGGGGCCACCCGCCUGGCAUUACCGCAUGCUGGGGUCAUUGGGGGAGGGGGGGUGGGGCUCACGCUGUCCUGUGGUCUUGAGAUUUUUAUUUUUGCAUAUGUAAUCCAUCCUGUACAGGUAGCUAACUUUGUAAACGCUGUGUAUUCCUUCUGCCCCCAUGGCUGCUGGUGUAAAUAAACUGCAUCUCCCGUUGGUA